AUGGCCUCCGCUAUCGUACAGCGUGUCGAAAAUUGCCUAGGAACUAUUCGAAUUUCGGUACCUGCGAGAAGUUGGGAAGCGGCCGCUGGCGGGAGCCUGGAAGUUGCGUUGGAUUGGGCGUGGUUUUGGCAGCAGGCAGGGUUAUGGGGACAGGAGUAA